AACACGCAGGCAGAACUUGUUCGAGGCUGUGGACUGCGAGCAGCAGACCGUUGUCCGAAGUGGAGGACGCUUUCUGUCGCUUAAACUCAGCUUUAAAAUUGACUCAAGAAUAUACAUUUUUUUGUUUUUAACCACUUAUUUAGCUUGCUGAAGAAGAAAAGCAGUUUUGACUGAUUACAAGGACGACUUUUGAUUCGCAGCGAUACCCAGGUCUUGACACACGUCAGAGAUGUUUGACAAGCAGCCCUACGAUAGUCCGCCAGUCUACACCCCACCUUCCAACAACGGUUUUGGACCACCAGGGAGCUUCAAUGCCCCCCUCAGUGACUACAAUGCCUACCCUCCUCCGCCUGGAUCCUACUACAUCGAGGAUAAGCCGCAGCACUUCUACAAAUGGGUGUCACCUCCUGGGAUCAUCAAGGCCAUGAUGGCUGUGGUCAUUGUGCUGUGCGUGGCCAUAUUUGCUUGUGUGGCCUCCACUCUCAUGUGGGACAUGCAGUAUGGUGGGUAUGGAAAUGGCUACUAUGGAUCCGGGGCUGGAUACGGUAGUGGAUAUGGCAUGGGAGGAAGCUACGGAACAGGAUACGGUGGAUAUGGCAAUUAUGGUGGCUAUGGUAACUACGGCUCCUAUAUUUCCCCCUACUCGGCCAAAACUGCAAUGAUCGCCAUGGCAGCCAUUAACUUCAUCGGUUCACUGGCUUUCUUCAUCGCCAGUUUCUCUAAAUCCGCCGCAAUCCGCAGCAGAAAGUACUUUCUGGCACUUCUGAUAGCGAGUGUCAUCAUGGCUGUCCUGCAGGGCAUCAUAAACAUUGUGUAUAUAGUUGGAGUAAACCCCAAUGCACAGGGUUCGUCCAAUAUGAUAUACAAUCCCAUGCUGAUGAUGUGCCAGAGUCUCUAUCAGACGGGCUACUCACAGAUGGGAGGGGUGGGAGGCUUCCCAUUACACAACCCAUACCUCUACCAUUACUGCUUUGUGGACCCUCAAGAGGGAGUUGCCAUGGUGUGUGGAUUCCUGAUUGUAAUCGCCCUGGCAGUUGCCGCCUUUUUUGCACACAAAACAAGAGGGAAGAUCUGGCGCUACGGCAAACCCAACAUCUUCUGGGAGCAGCCUCUUGUCGGUGGGAAGGCAUCAGAGGGCAGAGAUGUAGAGGAAUGGGUGAACAAUGUGGAGGAAAACCGCAGUGUUCAGGAUGCCCCAACCCUGCUGGUGUCAGAGAAAGGAGGUGGUCAGCUUAAUGCUUCAGUGAACAGUGUCAUCUCCUACCCCCCAGCCAAGGUGGACAGCAGCUCCUUCAAUGGGGACACCUAUGACAACAAUGAAUACUCUGAGCGAGUCCCCAGCCGACCAUCAGACGUGUUUCCACAUGGUGGGAGGACCAGCUCCAGUCCCUCAGAGGAGACAGGCGGAGGGCGUAAACCUUCUGCCAACAGGGCUAAGCGACGCAGGCGUAACCCCGACAUGGAUGAAUCCCAGUAUGAGACGGAGUACACGACAGGAGGAGAGACUGGCAACGAGCUUGAUGUGGCAGAGUGGGAGAGCAUGUACCCCGAGAUAACAUCUGACGAACAACGUCACGACUACAAGUCUGAGUUUGAUGCUGACCUUAGGGAGUACAAGCGCAUGUGUGCAGACAUGGAUGACAUCAAUGAUCAGUUGAACAAACUCAGCAGGCAAUUGGACACACUAGAUGAGACUUCUGCUAAAUACCAGGGUGUAGCAGAGGAAUACAAUCACCUGAAAGACCUAAAGCGGACAUCAGAGUACCAGUCUAAGAAGAAAGAGUGUCGCAGGCUGAGACACAAACUGUUCCACAUCAAACGCAUGAGUCAACACUGUAUGGAAUAGCUCAUUGAAGUCAGUCUGGACCAUUACUGCCCUCUGGUGGUGAGUACUCCAUCCAUCCAUCCAUUUUCUGCCGCUUGUUCCCUUUGGGGUCGCGAGGGGCGCUGGUGCCUAUCUUAGGUACAAUCGGGUAGAAGGUGGGGUGCACUCUGGACAAGUCGCUACCUCAUCACAGAGCCAACACAGAUAGACAGACAACAUUCACACUCACAUUCACACACUAGGGCCAAUUUAGUGUUGCCAAUCAACCUAUCCCCAGGCGCAUGUCUUUGGAGGUGGGAGGAAGCCUGAGUACCCGGAAGGAACCCACGCAUUCACGGGGAGAACAUGCAAACUCCACACAGAAAGAUCCCGAGCCCGGGAUUGAACCCACGACUACUCAGGACCUUCGUAUUGUGAGGCAGACGCUCUAACCCCUCUUCCACCGUGAAGCCUGGGGUGAGUACUCAUUACUCAAUAAUCAAUACAUGCAAUGGAGCCACUAGCCAUAACAAUUUACAAUUUUUAACCACAAACUUGCACAAACAAACACUCAUAAUUUAGCAUUUAGAAACAUACCAGAAAUUGAAAUGUAUCUAUUGAAGAUGGGUGUCUGUUACAAAUGUUAAGUUAAAGUACCAAUGAUUGUCACACACACACUGGUUGUGGUGAAAUUAUUUUCUGUAUUUGACCCAUUACCCUUCAUCACCCCCUGGGAGGUGAGGGGAGCAGUGAGCAGCAGCGGUGGCUGUGCUCGGGAAUCAUUUUUGGUGAUUUAACCCCCAAUUACAGCCCUUGAUGCUGAGUGCCAAACAGGAAUGUAAUGGGUCCCAUUUUUAUAGUCUUUGGUAUGACUCGGCCGGUGUUUGAACUCACAACCUACCGAUAAGGGCGGUUAGUAAACACUAAAUCAUCAUGCUGUACACAAAUAUACGGUUGGCACACCUAUCUUUGGACAGUUUCGCCCAUUCCUCUUUGCAGCAUAUCUCAAGGUCCAUCAGGUUGGAUGGGAAGCAUUGGUUUCCAUCCAGGAUGUCUCUGUACAUUGCUGCAUUUAUCUUCCCCUCUAUCCUGACCAGUCACCCAGUUCCUGCCGCUGAAAAACCUCCCCACAGCAUGAUGCUGCCACCACCAUGCUUGGUAUUGGCCUGGUUUCCUCCAAACUACUUUACUAAUUUCUACUAAUUGUUUAUCUAGUCUGCACUUUGUGUUAUUAUUAUUAUUGGCUUUUAUGUAGUUUGCACUAUGUCUGUAUUAUUUUUAUUAUCAUUAUUAUCGACUCAUUUUUGCCUUAUUAUUUUUAUUUUCCUAUUUUAAUGAUGUUGGAUCUGUGUUGUUGUUGUUGGGGACAAGUGUUGUAAGUUUGCUUUGGCUACAAACACAAUGAUGCAUACAUUCGAUAACUGUUUCAGAUGUCUAUGUUUUUUGUAUCUGUCCCUAUUUCAAAUAAACCUUAAUAAUAACGUGGUGGCUGGCAUUCAUGCCAAAGAGUUCAGUUUUUUUCUCACCAGACCAGAGAAUUUGUUUUCUCAUGGUCCGAGAGUCGUUCAGAUGCUUUUUGGCCAACUUUUUACUUAGAAAUGGCUUCUAUCUGGCCACUCUACCAUACAGACCUGAUUGGUGGAUUGCUGCAGAGAUGGUUGUCCUUAAAGAAGGUUCUCUCUACACGGAGGAAUGCUGUGGCUCUGACAGAGUGACCUUCGGGUUUUUGGUCACCUCCCUGACUAUACUUAAGAAGAAUGCAGCAAUGUACAGAGACAUCCUGGAUGAAAACCAACACUUCCCAUCCAACCCGAUAGACCUUGAGAGGUUCUGCAAAGAGGAAUCAGAAAAACUGCCCAACGAUAUGCGUGCCACGCUUGUGGCAUCAUAUUCACAAAGACUUGAGGCUGUAAUUGCUGCCACAGCAGCAUCAACAAAGUAUUGAGCAAACGUUGUGAAUACUUAGGACUGUCGAGUUUUGAGAACAAAAUUAAAUGUAUUCAAAUUUGAAAUAUACAAACAUAACACAAUGUGGAAAAAGUGAGCCGCUGUAAAUACUUUCUGAAUGCACUGCACUCUUGUGUAGAUAGAAUUAAACAUUCCGCAAUAAUGACCAGAAGCCUAAGCUAUUUAAAAUAUUUUGAUCAUCAGAAGAUCCAAAUCACACUUUUUCUUUGAUUUCUCAUGUGCUCAUUUUUAGGUACAAAACAAGAAGCACACGUUUAUUUUACCUACAACUGGCAAACAUUCCUGUUUGUGUGUACUUUUUAAUUUCUUAAUUUACUGUUCAUAGAAUGUAUAUACCCCAAUCAUAGCUAUUGUUUUCCAAAUGACCAUUAACCCCAACAUUUCUGAAAAGCUGCAUCAUGGAGGUGUGUGUACCAAUAUGCAGUUAUUUUAACAGUGGCAGGCUGUGCGUUUCCAGCCUAUAGGCCUUCAGUGAUGUCCUACUUAGUCCGACUUUAAUAAAUACCCCUCAAAAUAUCAUUUAUAGCACCACAUUAGAUAGCGUCCAGCACUCCCCGCAACCCCAAAGGGACAAGCGGUAGAAAAUGGAUGGAUGGAUGACCACGGCUGGAGAAAUACUAUACAGAAACACACUUGGGCACUACUGGACCUCAACAGUGUACAAAACGGGCUAUAUUUUGGCACAUUUAAAAAUCAAUGAACCCGCAUUUCAAACAUACCUUACAUGGUACUGUCAAAAUUAAAAUAAUUGUAAAGAACAUAUUAAAUGUGGAAAAAUAAAUAAAAUAUUUGAACUUUUUCUUUGUGAAUUGAUAAAGUGAGAACCGAUGAUUUCUCCGCUGGCCGGGUAUGGCUCCGGUGCCCCUUCCUGCUUUUUGUAAAUGACAACUUGUGAUUGGAUUCUCACUUGGGAGUGACAACUGAAAAUCCAAUCGCAGUCACAUUUAACGUAAGGCUACCUAGAUGGGCUACUGUCAACAACUCGUAACUGUCUAUCCGGCAGAAUUCAUACAGCGCUGGCAACAAGCGAGCUGAAUUCUGAUUGGAUAAAAGCUCUAACGUAAGACAUGAAGAAAAUAUGAAUACUUUAUGGAAAGUAGAUUAAGAUAAAUUUUUAUUAAUCUAUGCUUGUGAUUUAUAUUAGGCCAGCAGUGAAGGCCUUGCUGGCCCUGACAGCACACCGCUGAAUUUUAAGCCUGUUUGUGUAUCUUAGUACAAUAUGUGCAGAAGAAGACUUGGCAAGACAAAGUUUGCAGCAUUUAGUACCAACAAGCAUCGACACUUCUCAUUCUCUGCCGUCUUUAAGGCCAUGUUUCCACACAAUGCAUCACAAAUGGUCCAACAAGCUCAUUAAACAACAAAAGGAGAAAUACAACAAGGAUCGUACCUUUUUUUCUCUUGUAUGGCGUACACUUCAAAUAAUCACUAGAGAGGUCAGCUGUGGGAAAUUAUUCCUGAUACAUUCUUUAAACAUUCCUUUAUGACUCUACAAUCUUCUUAUGCUAUAUAAAACAUGAGGUAAUGAUGUCAUAUGAAGAAAAGUCAUGCUGUGGUUUCUGCAUCUGUGCGGUAAAGUCACUGUGAGGGUGUGGGUGGGGGAAAGUGUAUUUUAUAUUUUGGCCACUUGGGGGCAGCGGCUUUAAAGCAUAAAUAAUCGUGUAGCAUGUAAUGUGUAGAGUCACGUGACUUGGGUGAUACAAUACAACUGGUAAGAAAUCAAAUCCAUACUUUCAUACAGUCAGAACAAAGCGGUUGAAAUGGCUUCAUUUGGAUUUAAAGCAUAAAACACAUAGAGGAGUCACAUUAAGGGGUGAUAAUGGAGGAGGUAGUUUGUGCUCAUGGCCUUUCAGUUCUCUCCAGAGUGAGACAAAGAAAUCAACCAGGGACCCGUACUUCAAAUACUUUGACCUAUGACCUUUUGUUUGUCAUUUCAUCCAUCUUUUUUUUUUUUUAUAUAUAUAUAUUUGCAGCUCUGUAUCCCACUCUGGCCCCUGCAGGAUUCACUGCCCGGGUGCGUAGGGCCAGUUGAUGGAGCUCCCUGACAGCUGCAUGUCUCGGAUCAGCGUUUCGAUGGGCGUCUUUCCCACCAGCCGCAUGAAGAAGAGCUGCGAGAUGAGGUUGGCCGGCACGGCCCGCAGAGCCGGCAGGCGAAGGAGCAAGCGGCCGAAACGCUGAGGCUGGUUGGGGUACUGCAACCUCUCGUACUCGGUCAGGGCGACCUGGGCCUUCUCCUGCAGGGACUCCACGUGGGCCGGAUCGGUCAGACCGCACGCAUCUAAGGAGAUGACAUGGCGUCGUUAGAAAUAGAAAUGCCUCCGUCACACACAUGAGGCUCUACAGUCGCUGACCUGGUGAAAACAAUGAGAUGGCUUUGAGGCAGCUGUACUCGGCCGUGUCCACUUGCAGUCGGUUGAGUUUGUCCACUUGGUCCUGGAACACCCUGACCUGGUCCAUGAAGGACACCACCCUCUCCGCUGACAUGGGGGAUGAGUGGAAGCCGGCGGCUGCCAGCAGGGGCGCCAUGUGGAGAGGCAGAGCGGACUGGGCGGCGUUUAGGAUGAAAAGUUCACUCCAGCUAAGCCUGAGCAGCGCCACCUGGGGGGGAGAUUCAUCGCUGUCAUUUCUGGAUUGGACACAAUAUUUUAUUGUGUGAAGGCUAGAAACAUUCAAACCAUCACUCUUUAAAAAUGCUACUUUCCCCCCCCCCCAAAAUUCCAACAUUUUCAGGAAUUCCACACUUUCUAUGACAUUAUGUUCAUUCUAAAUUAAAGGCCUACUGAAACCCACUACUACCCACCACGCAGUCUGAUAGUUUAUAUAUCAAUGAUGAAAUAUUAACA